UAUUUUGUGGCAGAUAACAGCAACCGAGUCUAUUCCAGCCUUUGGAAGAUUCUCUUUGCAAUUUGCAAACCAUUCGUUUCCCUUUUUUCUCUUAUAUUCUCAACCUUCACCCAAACCAAACCAAAACUUGAUUGAAAAAUGGACAGAGAACAAGAAGAGAUGCAGUUCCUGGGGAUCUUUGGCGUCUACAAAGAAUCCUACAACAUCAUAUUUUCAUGGAGCAAGAUCUUCAGCAAGAUCACCUUAACCCUAAUCCUCCCUCUCUCCUUCAUCUUCCUCAUCCACAUCGAAGUGUCCAACGUUCUCUUUGGGAAGAUCAAGCACAACACACAACAAAUGAUGGAAACCCCACAAGACACACCCCAAUACCAAAACCUAACCAACACGCUCUCUUCCGAAUGGGCCACGUUCAUGCUCUUCAAGCUCAUCUACUUCACUUUACUCAUCAUAUUCUCCCUCCUCUCAACCUCAGCAGUGGUCUACACCGUCGCUUCUGCUUACACCGCAAGAGAUGUCACCUUCUCCAAAGUCAUGAGCGUUGUUCCCAAGGUCUGGAAGAGGCUCAUGGUUACCUUUUUGUGCACCUUCGGGGCUCUCUUCGCCUACAACGUCAUGGCAGUGGUUUUUUUCAUUAUAUGGGCACUUACAAUUGGAGGAAGGAGUGGUGGUGGUGGGGUUGUGAUUUUAGUGCUCUUGGUGAUCUUGUACUUCGCGGGGUUUGUGUAUUUGACAGUGGUUUGGAACAUGGCUAGUGUUGUGACCGUGUUGGAAGACUCGUGUGGGGUUGGAGCCAUGAGAAAGAGCAUUGAGUUGAUAAAGGGGAAGACUGGUUUGGCCGUGGUGAUAUUUUUGAAGCUCGUGAUUUCCUUUACGUUGUUGCAGUUUUUGUUCAAGAAAACGGUGGUGCAAGGGUGGAGAUUGGGGUCAGUGGAUAAAACAGCAUAUGGGGUAGUUUGUUUGGUGGUGUUGUCUCAGUUGUAUCUGUUCCAACUUGUUAUCCAAACUGUGCUCUAUUUCGUGUGCAAGUCCUACCACCAUCAGAAUAUUGACAAAUCUGCUUUGUCAGAUCAUCUUGAAGUUUAUCAUGGAGAGUAUGAGCCUUUGAAGGCUAAAGAUGUUCAGAUGGAGGAGUGCCAUGUCUGAUAUAUCAUGUCUUUGGAUACAAAUUAAAAGUAAAAGCUGUCAAAAAGUUCUUAUUUUAAACUUUAUUUAAAAUGACUGAUAUAGUGUCAUAAGAAGAAGUAUAUUUUUGUACGUGUAGUGAAAUUAAAAUCAAGCAGAUAUGUGCUGAAUCCACAGGAGGAUCUGCAGCCUGAGCAUUUAUUUCCUUUUCUGCUGUGUUAAUAAAUUCUUAUCUUGUAGUUUUUGUUUA